GGGAGGGGCUACGGAGUCCCCGUGAGGAAGAGCGGAGACCACGCCUCCAGAGCGGAGAACCCCGGAGAGAGGGGGGGCGGGGAGAACCGGGGAUGGCGGAGAAAGGCGACUGUGAGCUGGAAGAAGCCGGACAGGUGUUCCUGCUCAUGAAGAAAGAUUACCGAAUCUCCCGGAACGUUCGCUUGGCUUGGUUCCUGUCAAACCUCUAUCAGCCCAUCUCUUCAGUUCCCGAAUCGGAGCAGGUCUUACAUGACGAUGAAUUGGAAGUGGUCAGUGUCCUACCUCAUGGAUGGCAGCCCGACGAGCCUGUCCGCCCCGGCCCUUUCCUCCUCGUGCCAUCAACGUGGGUGACUUUUCUUGCACGCCGAUACCGAUUUGUCAUUGAACUGGAUCUCAGUCCCUCUACAGGAAUUGUGGAUGACUCCACAGAAGAAAUCAUCUUUGAUGAGAUCUUCUAUUCCCUGUCGCGCUGUCUGCUGGGGCUUCUCAGGCCGUUCCUCAUCCCCGGAUCCAACGUGGUGUUUCAGCCAGAGAUCUAUGUUACAAUUCAGGCCUAUUCUUCCAUUAUCGGUCUGCAGAGUCAUCAGGUUCUGGUCCAGGGUUGUCGCCUGGAGGAGCAGAAGCUGCCGGCCUUUCUCCAGCAUGUCCAACUGCAGCUGGGCGCCUUCGAGAAUAAGAUCGCCGAGAUGCUUCAACAGCAGUAUCGACCGCUCACUCAGGACUGCCUACCUCAAUAUGCAAACCAACAGCCAGGCAGAAAGAUGGGCGUUUCCAUGGUGACGGCGGAUAUUGGGCUGGUCAGUAUGAUCCGGCAGGGUGUCCUGGCCUUGCAGCUACUGCCGGCCAACUCCAGUGCAGGCAUCAUUGUCAUCACAGACGGCGUCACCAGCGUCCCAGAUAUCGCGGUGUGCGAAACGUUGCUCAACCAGCUGCGCAGCGGCACCAUCGCUUGCUCCUUUGUUCAGGUUGGCGGGGUGUAUUCUUACGACUGCAGUUUUGGCUACGUCCCGAACGUAGAGCUGAUGAAGUUCAUCGCCAUGGCGACCUUAGGAUCCUACCUCUCCUCUUGUCCUGAACUAGAGACCGGACAGAGGGACAUGAACGUCUAUCACAAGGCAUUCUUGCUCUAUUCUUUUAUGCGCACCGGCGAAGCUCUGAAUCCAGAGUAUUACUGCGGAUCGCAGCACAAAUUGUUCAAUGAACACUUGGUAUCAGCCAGCAGUAACCCAGCGCUUGCCACACGUCGGAGGAAGCACGCGGAGAAGGAAGUGCAUGCGGGAAUCAUCAGUGUUGUCUCUGUGCGGCUCAGGGAAGGAUACAGCAUCCGGGAAAUCCGCAUUGCCAAAGCUUCGUUGGAGGUAAAACUGGUUCUACUCUGGAAACACAACAUGCGUGUUGAGUACCUGGCAGUGGCCCCCUGGCCCCUGGACCCCUCCAAGCGGAGCACCAGGGUAGAGGUAGUCAUGGAAGGGAGCUACGACAUACUACAUGAUAUCAGCUGCACACUGAAGAAGCCCAUCACCAGUAUGUACAGAACCAGCGUGAUCCGGCGAUUCUGGAACACUUUACAGAGUAUCAGCCAGACAGAUCAGAUGUUGGUACACUUGAAAUCAUUUGAUAGCGUUCCAGAACAUUUUAAAAUCCCAGAAAGCACCAAGAAUGGAGUCCCCCUGUUCUACAUCCCUCCUGGAUCCACCACACCAGUAUUGUCCCUGCAGCACAGUGACUCGGACUCCAGCCAUUCCCAGUUUGCCUCCUACUGGAAGCCGAUCCUUUCCAUGGAUGCCAAUGUGUGGCAACGCUGGCUUCACGUUCACCGCAUCGUGCUGCUUUUGGAGCAUGACAUGCCUCUCCCGAAGCACCUCCAUACCCCGGGGAACAACGGGCGCUACAGCACGGUUCAGUGCCGCAUCUCGCACACGGCCCUCACCUCCCUCCUGCGGGACUGGAGCAGCUUUGUGCUGGUGGAGGGUUACUCCUAUGUCAAGCUAAUGUUGAGUGACGCCGGUCAGACGCCUUCUUCCUUCUGUGUGGGGCGGAUUAUCUGGAAAGCCCCGUGCAUGGUCCUCCGGCUGGGAUUUCCUCUGGGGACGCCGGCAAAUUGCAGAAAUAAGAAGGUGGAAGAGCUGAAGGACCUCAUCCUGCAGCUGCGAUUCCCUUACAGGGUGCUGAGUAAAGACAGCACCCCGCGGGUGAAAAGGAAGAUCUUUGGCAUCAGCUCGCCCUCCAAGUCGCCUCCUCCGCAAGUGCCUCCUCCAGCCUUCUCAGACCGCUCCUGCCUCGUUCUGCUGCACAAACCCCUGGAGAAGCUUCUCAUUAAGUAUGACAAGCUACCUCUGGACUACAGAACACCAUUCAUUCUGAACCUGGAGAGUCCCACCCAGCACACUUCAGUAUCGGGGCCCUCCAUUACCAACCGCUCCGCUUCUUCCUCCCUGGCUUCCCUCUCCCGCUACUUCUACCAUCAGAGGUGGAUCUGGUCUGUGCAGUCAGGUCUGACCACGUCGGUGCCCACCACUGCUAUGGCACAGAUCCUCUCCACUCUGACAGAGAUAAGGCUAUCAGAAGGGUUCCAUUUUGCCUCCAGUGGAGAAGGAAUUAUUAAUAUGGUAUUAGAGGUCCCCAUUCAGAGCGAUUGUUUAGGAGAGAACAGUAUAGAGAAGCACAGCUGUGUUAUUCAGUACAUUCUCUUUCCUCCGUAUAUCACCUCAACCAAGGACAGCUUCUCCACCGAUGAGGAUAACGACACCGAGGUGGAAGCCAUAGAACAGGACACGGAGCUGCACCUCGUCUCCGAGUGUUGGGUGGAGCCGCAGAGCGGCGUCGUAACGGGCACCUCCGAGAGCUGGAAGCACCUCCACGGCCUUAUGUACUCUGAGAUUCCACAAGCGUUGUUUCCCAGAGAUCAGAGCUGCAUCAACAUCAUGCUAACGUUCGAGUAUAUAGUACAACUUUGCCAGAACAAAGAUGGCGGAUCUCCAAUCCUGACUAAAGCGGAGCGGACAGAACCCGGUAAUAGUGGCGGCCUGUGCAUCCGGGAGGUGCCGUUCCACUUCGAUCUGAUGAAGCUGCUACCCAAAUGCCAACAGAUUGAGCUUUUCUUCCUGACGCUGAGCCGGGCUGAGCCUGACAAUGCACCACCAGAUUCCUCUCUGCCCAAUGAUAUGCUGCUUAGCUUGUUUCACGGCUGUCUGCAGAGUGACGUCAAUGAUCAGGAGAUCCCUCUCUAUGAGCAAGACCACCAAACAUUCAUGGAUCAGGUUCUCCAGCGUGACCGCGAUGGACACCCCGCCCCUUUCUCCUCUACCCAAGAGGACCUCAUGAGACAAUCCUCCACUUCAGAGCCUGGGGGCUCCAUCCCCUUACAUCAGAAUGGUCUACGAGGGGCUUCCAACUCUUCAGGCACCCUACAGAUCCCCUGUCCGACAGAAGAGACAGAUGAUGGCAGAACCUUAACCGAUGGAAUAGGGCCACAGUGGAGGUGCUAUGCUCGACUAGUGAACCAGCAACACCUUCUGCUGACCUUCCUUCCGGCCACUUUUUCUGAUGUCCAGAAGUUGAUGAUCCCUCCAGAUUUCUCCUCGUCCACAGAGGGAAGCUCACUGUGUAACUCUUUUCUGUCAGAGACCCUUCCAUCAGGAGCUGUGAUCCCCACACUGAGCAUCACCCCCGCAUCAGGCAAUGGGCAGGAGGCAGAACACAAGAAAGACCUGCACAUUUCCUUCAGCCGCCAGUCUUCCCUGCAGGAUUUGAGCUCCAGCCGUCGUCUGCGCUGUCCGGUCUACGUAUAUAACUGCUCGCUGGAGGCCUUACGGGAGCAGCUGGUCAGCCCCAGGCAACAGAGACUCUGCUGUGACAUCUUCUUCAGCGAGUUUAGACAAGAGUCAAUGUCGUGGGAAAUCUUCCAGGAGGUGCAGUCCAGGUCUCUGUCGCAAGAACGUCCGACGGCCAGUCCGUUCAUUCACCACCGACAAAAGGAACUGGUCAACCACUGCAACCUGCUGCAAGAGCACUAUCACCAGUGUUAUGUGAAAGGCAUGUUCAAAGCGCUUCAGCAGUCUCUCUGGGUGUCACACCAAGACCUCCUGACGGCGGUAGACUAUUGUGAAGAGCAGCUGCAGGAGGUCGAUAUCACCAACUUCCUGAUGACUCUGUGUGGCCAUCUCCGAGGCUUCCGAGAGACGCAGGGGUCUCCCCCCCGACCCUCUAUCAAUAAGGCCAGCUUCCGCAUCGGCAGCCUGGAGCAAGAAGAUGAGGUGGCGGCUAAGGACGGGUCUGUCCUGCACUCCGAGUCCAGUGUGGAUACAGAGGAGUGCGGAGAACAGGACCUCCAUGUGGCCUCCACCCCGGAACCCGGCGGCAUCUACCCGGAGCUGCAGCUGUCUGUCCUGGAAUCUGGACAUCCAUGUGAGGUGUCUCUGGACCUUCAUCGGGUCAUUCAGGAUAAAUUUCUGGCCAUUGGGAGUCUCCACUUUAAAACGGUGCCUUCAAACCCUCACUAUUUCUUCUACUGUCCGUCCUCCCAGAGGAGAGAGGAGAACGGCGCUCAUGACACAGGAGACCGGAAACCGAGCGACGACAUGGAGGUCUCCGAAGCAGAAGGCAACACAUCAGCCGGCGGCAUCGUUACGGAGAGUGACCCGGACCUGGAGGUGGAGUAUCGGGAACACUCGGAUAAUGCUGAAUCGCUGUCGGGAUCGGAGACCGUGAACCAGGAUGAUGAUUCCUUCAGCGUGUUGGGAGACUCUCUGAAUGGGCAAGACCUGCCGGAGCAUGAAAUGCCGCCGCUGUUUGUGCAUCUCAUCUGCUCGGUGACACACAAGCAUCAGCACGGCUCUAUGCCCGUACUGACACUGCCCACCUGCCUUGGUGAAGUUGUCGGAUGUCUUGAGAACAGCGAGACUCUACAAAGCAUCUCUCUGGGAGAUCUGAGCGUCAUGCUGGACAUAUAUGUGCUGACUUUACCGCUGGAGAUAGAGGGGGUGAAUGAGGACUCGCAGCAUACUCGGUAUACCUCUGAGAGCAGCGUUUCCUUUCCCCGCUCCCCCGCUCAGACAUCCUCAUAUCGCUCUGAUGAAGAGAUCCCACCUGCCUUGGAAAGAUUCCCAUCCAAUGUGGAGCAGAGAUAUUCAGCACUAUCCCGGCUCCCCGCAGAACACAGGCAAGCUAUAGAGGUCACGAUGAGUGAGAUCCGCUGGCUGCUUGAGGAUGAGCUGGUGUCGGCCUUGCGUCACGCCCGUGUAAUCAGCCGUUCCAUCUUACGAAAAGUUCUGUCCCACGUGUGCGAGUCGGAAGGGCGGCCGCACUGUAACCGGGAAUUGGUCCAGCUCCAGUUUGUGUUCGGACCAGAAAACUCCCUGCAGAAGUUUAAAGAGGAAUUCCGCCGACUGUCCCUGCUCGGCUACCAGCUCAACGAGGAAGAAGAAGACUAUUAUUAUGUCUCUUUAAGCCGACAUCACGCCCAACGGGCAGAGGACACUAGUGCGCAACGUUUGGGUGUGCAAGGACAUGCAGCCUGGCAGGAACCUGAUGUCGGCACAGCUAUGGAGAGUGUGGAUGACGAGCUGACAGGAAGUGGCCGUCCUCCCGAGGACAAGCCGGGGGCAGAGGAUACUGGGGAAUGGGCGCAGAGUGCCCUGGAGGUAUCGGACAGUGAGGUCUCCUCAGUCAUGUCGGGGAUGUCUGCAAUGGAACAAGGAGGAAAAUCUGCUCCCGACACGUCUCUGAGUGACAGGGGCCACGCUCCACCUAAGACCUCAUCAGAAGUCAGUCUGCCGGAGUCUGUACAGUCUGGGAACAUGAGCAGUGCAGCAGGAUCCCGGCAGCGUCCCAGUCGUGUGCAGAGCUUUGUGUCAAGUCAUGGCAGCAUGGACUCUGACCACUUAGGGUAUGAUGCAGGCAGCAGCGACUCGGAGUGCGAGGACGCCCUGAUCAGUGAGCAGGAUUCCCGAUGUCCGGUGAUGCCGAAAUUUUGGCUCAUUGUAAAGAUUCACCAGGACCGGGUGGAAGUGUGUACCCACGCCAGCGUCGGAGCAACGCAGGAGGUGGAGGAGCUCGGAGAGAGCCAGAGACUGCACCAGCUGGUGGUCAGGAAGGUCGGGGAGAUCUGCCGUGUGGUGAACCAGCGUCUGCUGCUGCAGGAUCUUCACGACACGCACUUGUGUAACACGCUGCUGGUGGCCGAGAGCGAGGAGGAUAUCUGGAAGAGUGAAAGUCCUUAUGCCACAUAUCGUCAGAGGAUGCUUGUGGGCGAAGAUUUCCCUGGAGAAGAGAGUUACCAGCCGCGAGAUUACCUGGCAGCCACUAUGCAGUUCAUUCCGGGACACUUCGCCUGCGAUACAGUAUGGAGCACCGUUAUACACAUCCACCCGCGCCUUAAAAUGGGGCCCAAUAUGGGGGUUUCCAGAGCCAUACAAUCCUUGCGCUCCGUGCUCAACGCUUUCUCCGUCGUCAACAGGAAGAACAUGUUUGUCUACCAGGAGCGUGCCACCAAAUCCGUUUUCUACCUCCGACUGUCUGAAACCUCCAGCACCGGGCGGCUGUGGGAUGCGGAUUUGUCGUUGUCUCGGUCCUUGGCUCUGUCUCGUAGUCAGGAACCAAUUUUCUCGGAAGAGGUGAUGGUGAGCAAUCAGGGAAGUCGCCUCUCUUUGGACCUGUCCUCCUCUCGAAGUACAGACUCAGCCAGGCCAGUGGGGCAGAUGGACAAACAUAUCUUACUGCAGGUUCAUGGAGUGGGCGAAGCAGGCUCGGAGAUCACCGAUGAUUUGGUGAAGGUCCUCCGGAAGCGUCUGGAUGAGGCCACGCUGGACAUCAUCACGGUUAUGCUGCAGAGGAAUUGUAAACUGACCCCUGCUGAUGUGGAGUUCAUCCAGCCCCGAGUAACACCUCCGACAGAAGUGCUGCUGUUCACCAUCCCUCAAUCAUCUCUACCGUGCCUCCAGGCCAUGGCCUUCUACCUGCGCCAGAAUUUGCUCAUCUUCCUCCAUACUCCCAAAUACACCGACAGCAACGGAGAACACCACUUCCAGCAUUAUUACCACAGCACCCUGCCGGAGCUGGACCUGUUCCUGUACAACAAGCCUGGGGGACAAGGCACAGGAGGGAAAGGUAUCGCCUGCAUAGCUCUCUCCUUCGUGGAUCAUCAUGGCGCCCUGGUGACGCAGGCGUAUGGCGAGCGGACUCAUCCAGCUCUUGUGUGCCCUUCUACAACAUCCCACCUACUAAGCGUCAGCACAUUCGAGUCUCUGACUAAAGUCAGCAAGUACACACAAGGCUCCACCGCUGACAGCUCGGCACCUCUGACCUUGGUCCGCUUUGACGUUUGGGAGAAGGGAAAUAUUAGCUCCUCUCAGUUAUCUGAGCGGCUCGCCAACUCGUUACGCCACGCGCUCUGCGAUGUCAUCAUUGAGUUCCACAUCCUGCAGAUGCCCCUGUGUGUGGACCUCGUCAGUCAACCAGAACAGGAAGUAGCCAUGAAUGGAAAGGGACCCUCCCAAUCACUGCCUGAUAUGAAGGGUUUGGACAAGUCAUCUAUUAAGUGCCGCCCCUCUCCAGUGACGCUUCCGCCAUCAACCGCCCCAUCCGGCACAGAUCCGAGUACCCCACCCAGCAAGACUGGGCGCCGGAGCUUCUGGGAUAUGCUGAGCAAACCCGACAAUGCGGAGUUGGGCCCCCCGAAAACCACAGAUGACAUUGUCAGCGAACGCACAGAGGAGCCGCGGACGAGGCGGAGACAUAAGACGGAGAGCCUUAAAGUGCCCAGUUAUCCAGAGCGGCCUGGGAUCAGCUUGGAACAUGCACAGAGGAAACGGCAGACGCAGCUAGAGGAGGGCGACAUCGGAACCUUGCACCCCUUGUAUAGUCACACCUGCCUGCAGUGGAUGAACUUUAUGAAUCAGCUCGGUUGUCCAUCUGUCCAGCUGUGUUCUGUACACACCAUUACCCGAUUCCUGCUUCCAUCCAUUCUGACCGAACUCUUCAAUAUCAUCACAUCCCUGGCCAGCGACACCAGCGUCCGAGUCUUUGAAAAAAACACUGGUCCUGAGGGUCCAGCCUUUGUGCCAUACUCCACCAGCCAGCACAGCCCGACUCGGCCUGCCGCAGCCCGCGAGAUGACCCUGCUGGGACGUAACUUCCGACAGUGGCGAUACAACACAGAGCAAGCGUGCACCUUUGAAGAAGAUGAUGAAUAUGAUGUGGAGGUGGAGAAGGAUGGGUAUGAUAAAAAUGAUGAUCAGGGCAGCCAGGUGACGAACUCUCAAAAAGGUUUCCAGCGGUUCGAAGCCAUGGAGCUCGGCUCAGCAGAGAGACCGCUGGAUUUAUCCACGUCAGUCCGGGGUUUGGUCCCCCGACAGAGAUUCCUGUUAAUUGAAAUACAAGACAAGAAGCUCACCCUCUACACCUACAACUGGGCUCCAGACUUGGGGGCGUCGCUGAGUCGUUCGCUGGUGCGUUUGAUCCAAUGGCAGAACGCGCGGGCGCAUGUGGUGCACUGCCUCCUGAACCAGAAGAUGGGGCUGUUCCAUCACUACUGCUUUACCGACACGCCGAUCCACGAGGACAACAAACAGGAUCCCAACCCGUUCCUCAAUUCCACCCUGGAGGUAGACGCCCUUAUCCGAAGCCCCACGCCUCCCCCAAACAAGGAACAGACUCGCCUGGGCACAUCGGGCCGCGGCCUCCCGUCCUUACACUACCCUCCAGACAUUGUGCCGUUCGAUGAGGUUCUUCGGGACGUCAUGCCGGUGAAACCCAUGCAUCUUUCCCCCGAGGUGGACACCGUGUCCCGACAUGGAACCCAGUUCUUGGAGAUUAAGAGCACCGAGAAAAGAGAGGUGGAGAAGCAGCUGAAGAUUGAAAACCUCUUUGUGACGUGGCAGCAGAGGUCCGCACAGUCCAAUAUGCCGAUCAGUGCGGCAGAUUUAGACACAUUGAAGCAAUCGGCCAGGAUGGUUCAUUACUGCGCCACCCCACUGCUGUUCGAUCCGUCGUUUCAAGUGCAGGUUCAGAACGACCAGAACCGGAGCGAAGGGAAGAAACGGCACCGAUCCAAUGACUCGGGGGCGUCGGGCAGAGACCGCAGUCACAGUUGCGAUUCUGCAGAUAUGCCUCCCAGCAGAGCGAGGGAUGAGCCCUGGCUCCAGGAACUGUGCACAGCAUUCAUGCAGCAAUACAUCCAAUACCUACAGAGUACCGGCUUCAUCCUCGUCCAGCUACGGCCCGCUUCUCCUGCCCGCAGCAUAGCGCGGAUCAGAGCGGUGCCCUCGCUGGCUCCGGAGAACAGAGUAUCCAAACCAAAGAGCGAGGGCAGUCCUAAGAGUACAACCCAUGCAGUUAUUACAUAUCACCUGCAGAGGGCGCUGCCUGGAGGCAUUGUACUGAUGGAGCUCUCCUUUCAGGGAUGCUAUUUCUGUGUGAAGCAGUAUGCUCUGGAAUGUUCCCGCAUACCAAUGGGCCAGUCUGUUAACUCACAGGGUGUCCUCUCCAUGCGAACCCAUUGCAGGAAUACCCCUGAAAGUGCCUCCGAGUCUGCGCUCUCCAUGCUCUUCACUGAGGAGUGCGACAAGGUGCGGGACCUAAUGCACGUCCAUUCCUUCAGCUACGACUUCCACCUGCGGGUGGUGCACCAGUACCUGCUGGGCUCCAACAUGUCUCUGCGCCAAGGCUACGAUCUCGCCAGCUUCCUGCAGCUCUUCAUUUCCCAGCACCCCGACAUCCCCAAGUAUGGACGCAACCACGUGUACCAGGACACGCUGUCCGUCCCUACCGAGAUCAUCGCCGCCCAUCAGCUGUAUAACUACAUCGCCGACCACGCCAACACCUAUCACAUGAAGCCGCUGAGGAUGGUUCGGCCCUCGGUGCUCGGGAGCAACGGAAAGAAGAGCGCCAGCGGAGAGCAGAAUGAGUACGGCUUGGUGUCCAUCUGGAACAGUUCCGGCUCGUACAAAGACACAGAGGGUGCCCGGCAUCACGAUGACUUUGAUGUAUCGUUAUUGGUGUGCCACAGCGCCGUGCCGUUUGAAGAGCAGACCGAUCAGGAGCGACACGUCCUAAGGCUGCGAUUUUACCUCAUCAUGACGAGCCAGCGCGAACUGUUCCCCCGCCUGACCGCCGACAUGCGGCGAUUCCGAAAGCCGCCCAGGCUGCAGCGGGACGCCGCCCAGGACUUGGACGACGCCUCGGAGCUCGGGAAGUUCCAGCGAAUGGAGAUGGAGAAUCAGGAGGACUCCCGGGGGGAGGGGGGGGAGGCCAACCCUCAUCUCUUCCCGCUGCUGGGGACGGAGGUGGGCACCGCCCAGAGGCAGCUGGUGGAGAUGGUUCAGCUGGCCAAGUGCCACUGCCGCCGGGACAAUCUGUGGAAACGCCUUUAUCUCAUGGAACCGCUCCCCUCCGACAAGAUGCGCCUGGGGAAGCUCAACUCCGGCGAGCUGAAGGAACUGUUGGACGCCGUGCAUGGGAGGAGCGUGGCCGAGAUCGACCCACAGCUGGAUUUUCUCCUUUCGAUGAGCGUUCCGUGGUAUCAGAGUCUUAUCAAGGUUCUACUAAACCGAUUUCCCCAGAGCUGCCGGCACUUCCACAGCCCAGAGAGCGGCACACAGUAUCUGGUGGUCCUCAAUCAGAAAUUCACAGACUGCUUUGUCCUGGUCUUCCUCGAUUCCCACUCUGGGAAAACAAGCCUAAAGGUGGUGUUCCGGGAGCCGUUUCCAGAGCAGCCGCAGAACAGCGACAGUCCGUUACCUCAGCUGGUCUCCACGUACCACCACCUGGAGUCCGUCAUCAAUACCGCCUGCUUCAAUCUGUGGAGUGGCCUUCUCUGACAUCGCCUUCCCGAACGUCCGCCAAUACUGUACCGCCAAUCAAGUCUUCUUACUGACACAUUGGAAUGCCAAAGCACAGGAUAUAGGGACGUUCUCCUGGAAAAGUGUGAGGUUUAUCCCUGAUAGGAGAUUCUUCUGUGAUGCACAGGUCCCUGCUCCAUAACUUCUACAGUACAAAGAACCACAUCCAAAGAACUGUUUAAUAAAGAAGCAUCACCACAACUUAAAAUCAUUGUUGAUUUCCCAGUUCUGAAAUGUGACUGCUUUGACCAAUAAAAGCACAUCUUUAUGUCUGUGCUCCACCCCAGACUGAAGCCCAAUUUAUGGGCAUUCCCUUGGGGGAGCUACAGCACUGUAGCCACCUCGCCCUCUCUGCGGUUUACAUGCUUUCUCCUUGUGUUGUGAUCCAAGCUGACCCCUCCCCCAAUGUAGUGAAUGAUGGCACGUGCACUAGUUCAGCAACAACAGCACAGAUCAGAAUGGGAUCAAGUACUACAUGCACUUUGUCCUUGGGAAAUUUAUCAACAAUUUUAAGUUGUGGUUCGAACUUCUAUGAAAUAAAACAAAUGCUGCAGGUAUGAGAUACACUGAGACUAGACCUACAGCUACCUCCCAAAACCUUGUUACCACCAAACCUGACAGAUAAAGCCGACAUCUCUAGGCUGUUAAGGAACUUGCCGCUAAGCCCUGUCCUGCACAUUCCUAUUGAUGCAUCACUAUGGCGAGGAACCUUACUAGUCAUCAGAAAUGUACAGGGGGGGCAGGCUUUUGCAUCACCAGGAUCUGGUCUUGCAAGGGAAGUUUGGGAGGCUGCUCUAGGUGCCUUCACGUUAUACCUGCAGCAGCUUUUUAUUUAUUUUUUAUAAUUUAUGUAUGAGCCCUUUAUUUGACAUUGGCCACUCUGAGACAGAUAGAAGAAGGCUUUUGUCCUUUACAUUGUUCAGGCAGAACCUCUUCACAACCAGAUCUGUGCCAGUGCUGCUGAUUUCAGCUAAGGGUUCAGACCGUAUACAGCUCUGAGCUCUGCUGUUGAAGUUGGUGGGCUGAAGGCAAUCAAGCGUUGAUGGGCUGAAGGCUCUCAAGCGUUGGUGGGCUGAAGGCUCUCAAGCGUUGGUGGGCUGAAGGCUCUCAAGCGUUGGUGGGCUGAAGGCUCUCAAGCGUUGGUGGGCUGAAGGCUCUCAAGCGUUGGUGGGCUGAAGGCUCUCAAGCGUUGGUGGGCUGAAGGCUCUCAAGCAUUGAACACCCCUCUCUACAAAUGAGAAGAGCUUUAAAAGUAGCCUAUCAGAUUACGCAGGCUUUCCUUCUGAAAAUGCUAGGUGCUCGGCUUUCAAGCUUAUUCAGUGACCCUUUUUCUGAGGUACUCACCUAGAAUAUUUAUGCAGUCUAAUCUGCAUGCUUUUUCCAAGUCAAUGAGUAAAAGUACUGACGUCAGAGAGAGCCAGGCAAUUGGCAUUCUUAGGAGGUCAGCAAUGGCGGCCUUCAUGUUUCUCACAGAAGGAGUUUCCUUUUACUCUUCCCAAGAGCUGCAUCACAGGACCAAGUGUUAAAGGUUAAGCCAAUGAGAUGCCAAUUCAUUUUUUAGAGAGUCAGACACUUCUCCGCCGGUCCUGGCUCCGCUACUCGCUGCUAACCAUCCGUGAUACUCCACAGAAUCUGGAUAGAGGCUAAAAGACACCACGGACAUCACUCAACCAGACUUCCUGUUACAAACUGUUUUAUUUUAAUCCUGAAGACAUUGCUGAAUUUAAUUAUCAGAUGUAAAAUUUUAUGUAAAUGUCCUGUAAAUCUGAUAGAAUAUUCUAAUUAUUUGAAUAAACGAGUAUCUUCUAUGUA